AUGAAUAUAGUAACUAGAGUCGGAAGAAUUAAUUUUACUCAUUUAUUAAUAUACUUCAUUGCAAUUCUUUUACCGUGGAUAAGUGUAUCAGGUUCCAAUCAUUUAAGAAACCUUUUCAAGUUUGAUAAUAAAUUAGAUCAUGAUUUUAAUUCUGGACCAUUGUCAUACCAUCUACAAAAAGAACUAACAUUCAAAAUUCCAGUUCACAUAUAUUACAACAAUGAGAAUUUUGAACUUCCGGAUUUAAUUGAAGCAACUCAAAUACAAAUAAACAAUGAGUUAAGGAAUCUAAUAAAUAAUCAUGAGAACAAGAAUCUCUUAAAAAUUGAAUUAUUUGAUUGUCUAAAAUAUAAUUGUACUAAUAAUGAAACUGAAUAUAAAUUAGAUCUAAUACUAAAUCGCGAGAAUUCCCUUGGAGUAUCAUCGGACGAAUUGAAAGCAAUUGUUUUUUAUUCAUUAGAUUCAAUUCAUUCUAAUGAUUUACCAUUCUUAAUUACUCAAACCAUCCUCCAUCAUUUUCUUUAUGGAGAUAUAGAACUUAUUAAUAGAAAAUUAAUCAAGGAGGAUUUUGAUGAUGAGGUUUAUUUCAAAAUGGUAUUUGCUGGUCCUGCGUUUGAAAUGGAGGAUAUCAAGGAUGGUGCACUCUUUGUUAGUGAAGUAAUGAGUAACAUAGAAGGGUCAUCGGAACAAAUCAAUUGUUUAACUAAAUUAGCCUGGGACAUUUUACCGCAGGGCUCUUCACUUACAGAUGCUGAUUAUACUGAUGUUGAUGAGGACAAAUCUGAGAAUAAAGUUAUAAUAAUCUUUCCAAACAAAUUAAGCAAAGUUUUAAAGAUAAGUAACUUCAUAGAGGAAAAAGAUCAAUUAAUUUCCAAAAUACUAUCUAUUAUAGAGAAGCAAUUAGGCUUACCUUCAAAACCAAGUAACAAUUUUAAUAUAAAACUAAACGCUAGUCUAAGAUGGAAAAUCUUAAACACAUUGAGCAAAGUCUCGCGAAGGAUGGAAAUGAGAAACAAUGAAAGUGAAAACAAAGCUGAAGCUUUACUUGCAAAAGAGUACGUCGAUCACUUUAAAUCAAUUAUUCAAGAAAUUAACAACAAUUAUGAAACUCAUUCAUUAAUUAAUCAAUUGAACAAGUCCAAAAAUUUAUUAUAUACUUUAGAGUAA